AUCCACUCUUUCUCUCUCCCCUUUCCCUUCACUGCUUUUUUAUUAUUAUCAGCAUCUUUCUCCUCAGUUUCUCUCUCCCUCGUCAAAAAAUCAAUCAAGAAAACAAAUAAAAACGCAAUCUUUAUUAUUCUUUACUGUGUAGCAGAGCAAGAAAGAAGGAAGAAAACACUCGAAAUUACACAUGCCCAUCAAAAUCAAAAUGGCCCAGCUGGACCAAGAUUUGUGCGUGUAGAAGAAAAAAAGGGAAACCAGGGGGGUGUACGUGAGAGGCCGUCUUCAAUGGACCUCAAUUCCAAGAUUUCACACAACCAAAAUUAGGGGGAGAAAAAAACAAGAUGUUGCCACAAAUACCCUUCUUCUCCUGCUACAACAAGGGAAAAAAUUCCCCAACUUCAUCAUCAGCAGCAGCUAUCAUCUUCCUACACAAUAACAACAGCAACAAUCAAUGUUUUAUAUAUAUAAUCUUAAAUACCAUAUUUCCACACCCGAAUUACGUGGGCUUUUUGGGCUUUGUAUUGGUCAGAGUUUUCUUUCACAGAGAAAACAGCAAAGCUCUAAAGAACCUUCCCACCACCACCUCCCCCCUUCCUUAUCUCUCUGUCUUUUCUUUAUUUCUCUCCUUGCACGCCUCUACUUUCUAUCUUUCCCUCUCCUUUCCUCUCUCUCUUUCUCUUUCUCUCCUUCUGCACCCCCUUGAUUGUCGUUCGGUCUGAUGUCUAAGAAGAUGAAGAGGAUUUCCAUGGAAUCGUCAAGUUAUGGUGGGUAUGAGGAUGCUAGGGCUAGAGAAAAGCACCAGGUUCUCUUCCAGGACUUUCAAGAACUGCAAAUGGAAAUCAACAGCAGAAGAGAAAAAUUGGAUGAUGUGAAGAAGCAGAAGCUGAUUUUACUUGCUGAAGUUAGAUUCUUAAGAAAGAGACGAUCAUACCUACUGCAAUUGAAUUCAAUGAACAGGCCACAAGAGAACAACACUCUAACCCUGAAAACGGAACCAAAUUCUACAAUCGGGAUGAAGGGCAUUAGGCCUUGUAAGAAAGAAGCUGGUCCACAGAAAUUACCACCACCUGUACCCGGCUCAAACCCAAAGCAGAAGGGACGAAUAGGCAUGGGAAAAAAGGAAACUGCUUUGCAGGACAUCACUCCAACACUCCCACCAAAUAUGAAGCAUCGACAUAAACGGCAAAAGAUAAGCAGUAGUGCGAAGCAACCUACUGCUCUGCCUAGUUUGGGUCCGGCUUAUGAUUAUAACCAUGGUGGUUCCAAGACACACAACGGGAAAGACUCCAUUUUCCAUUUGCCAACACAAAAUGCUAUUGAUUUGAACCAAAAUGUGAGAUUGCUGUACGAUGGGAACAGUGCUGUCAUGAGGGGGACCCAUGUCCCGCUUUUUGAUCUAAACCAGGAGAGCAGUCUCAGCUGGAAAGACAUUUCGCCUCCAUCUCGAGUCCCAUUUGACUUGAAUGAGAUAUCGACUGAGGGAGAAGAACCGAGGUGGAACUUUGAACCGUCGAUGUUACAAGAGGAGACCGAAAGAAGUUUGAUGAGAGGAGGUGUAAAUGAAGAUCAACACGGUGGGGAUUUAAGGAUUUCUCUGUGUAGGAAUGCAGGGGGCGAGGGUACGUCUAGGGCAAGGAAGCCCAAAAUAUCGUGGCAAGACCCUGUUGCCCUUCGGGUUUGAUCCUCACUGUCCUCCGUCCACUGCCAUAGCCAAAGUCUAUAUAUAUAGCACAGUAUGUAUGGGGCUCUAGUAAGUUAUAAUAGUAGUAGUAGUGUGUCCCAUGUUUUUCCUUUGGAGAAUGACAAUUUGCAAGAUAUAUAUAUAUAUAAUAUAAUAUGUGUAUACACGAUGUUUGGCAUAUGCAAAUUCUUGAAGAUUAGCAAACACGAGAUGGACUCUAUUUUGUGUUAUUAGAUUGAUCAGAAAUUCUUUUCUUU